UUGGCCGGUUAAUAAAAUGAGUUGCUAUUGCGUAUCAACUAUGUAGUUCCCUGGCACAAAUGGCUCUUGUAAAUACCUACUUCAUCGACAAGAACUCAGUUUCCUGGAUGCUGUGGCGACCUCCACAAAAGGAGGAUACUAAAGGCGAGCACUUAACGAUUAACAAGCUGAUCUGCGAAGCCCCACAAGUGUUGGCCUUUCAUUUCCUGACUAAACACGGCCACGAUCCGGUCGAUUCAAAUGCCUCAUGGUUCAAGUUGCUCGAUCAGCUUGCCCAGGAGUACGCCGGCCGAAUUCUCUUCGGGCUGCGGGAUAUCUCUACCAUCAAGGAGUUCAACGAGAACCUGAACGCCGAGGACUUUGGCAGCUACCGAAAAGGACUGCCUCCACGGAUCUACGGCAAGGACUGCCAGGGCCGCGUCUACGAAAUGCACAAGCUGGUCUGCCACAAGUACUUGAAGGAGUUCUGCGACCAGUUGCUGCGGGAUCAGCUCUUCCAGGCCGUGCUCCUGGGCCCUUCUCCCAAGCAAGACUCCCCGCCGAGGAACUACUUUGAGCUGUGCGAGCAGAAGAGUGGCGACUUGCUGGUUGUGCUAUACGAUCCCGCUAGCUACUACUGGACCUUUCAACAGCGGAAGCUGCGAAAGCUAGUCUGCCUUCUGGCCGGCGAGGAUCUGCCCAUUGUGGUCGUGGACAAGGCCCAUAAUUACCUGGGCGUGGGCUUCGCUGCCAGUUGGCAGCAGCUGGUCAAAUGUCACAGCUCCACCAUCUUCUCUUCGCCGAGUCACGAUGGCUGGGACAUCAGACUGAAUAUACUGAUGGAGAGCACACGCGAUUACCUGCGCCACAUCGCCGCUAACAGAAAGCCAGAGUUGAAGAACUAUGAUACCAAGUGCGAGCCAAGGGGACCAGAGGAGGCUCUGGAGUACCUUCGGUAUUUGUAUUAGGCUUAGUUGAUAAUGUUUGAUGGUUUUUUAUAUUAUUUUUAACGACUUUAACCGCCCAACUGUCGGCAGAAAAGCACGAUGUCUAGUCAUGUUUGUCCAAAAAAUAAUCAAAAUCAAAUAACGCA